UGCACCAGCUGGAGCUCGGAGCUGAAACAUGUUCACGUGUUUGCUCAGCAGCGGCUCACUGGGAGGCUGGUAAUGGUUUGUGGGUCCUUCAGAUUCUGUUGAACUGGAUUCAUCGUCCUACAUCAUAUACAACACUCCCGCGCAGCACUCCGUGUAACUUGUCUCGGGGUCGAGAGCGGAGUUGGUGAACAGUGUGAAUCAGAGUCGCUGUGGGGACUGCUGAGCUCGCCACACAGCUGUCAGGAGGAGAGCCGCGGAACCUGCAAACUUAUGAACUGAGAAGGUGUAUCGUGUCCUUCGGUCUGCUGGUAUCAGGAUGUGGUUCACAGUCAGACUGAGUCUCUGCCUGCUGGGCUUCUUUCUCAUCUCUGUGUUCCCUCACACAGCACAAGGCCAAGUUUCAUCACCAAGAAGGCUUCGUACCAAAGUCCUGAGCCCCACCAAGCUGCACGUGUCUUGGAAAGAACCCAAAGGACAGUUUGAAAGCUACAAAGUCAUUUACUCCACACGACCAGGCGGAGAGCAGAAGGUGGUUCAGGCAUCAAAGCAGGAAGCAAAACUGGUCAUCGAGGACUUUGAUCCUUCUAAAACGUACAACUUUAAGAUCAUUGCAGUCCAUGAGGGGCAGGAGAGCAAACCUCUUCAGGGCAAACAUGAAGCUCAGCAAUCAGCUGUUGAAAUGGCUCCAUCCCAAGGGAGAAAAAACGGCAGCGUCACACAGGAGAACAAUGAGAUCUCAGAAGCUGAAGCGGGAUUUAUGUGUAAGACUCCAGCCAUAGCCGACAUCGUGAUCCUGGUAGACGGUUCCUGGAGUAUCGGGCGGAUCAACUUCAGGCUGGUCAGGACCUUCCUGGAGAACCUGGUCAAGGCGUUUUCAGUGGAGAUUGACAAAACUAGGAUUGGUCUGGCUCAGUACAGUGGAGACCCCAGGAUCGAGUGGCAUCUGAACGCUCACACCACUAAAGAGUCUGUAAUCGAUGCUGUGAAGAAUCUUCCGUAUAAAGGAGGAAACACACUGACAGGUCUGGCUCUGACCUUCGUCCUGGAGAACAGCUUCAAGCCCGAGUCAGGCUCCAGACCCGGUGUUCCCAAGAUAGGAAUCCUCAUCACGGAUGGGAAGUCCCAGGAUGAUGUCAUACCCCCAGCGCAGAGCCUGAAGGAUGCUGGGAUAGAACUGUUUGCCAUUGGUGUGAAAAAUGCUGAUGAGAAUGAGCUGAAGGCGAUUGCCUCACCUCCAGAGGAAACUCACGUUUACAACGUGGCAGACUUCAGCGUGAUGAGCGACAUCGUGGAAGGUCUCACCAAGACCGUUUGCGACCGCGUGGAGCAGCUCGACAAGAAGAUCAAAGGGGGGGCGGAGCCUGCCCCGCCGCCAGCCGUCGUGGUGGUCCAGGGGACACAGAACAGCGUGGAGCUGAGCUAUCUGAACUCUCUGACAGAGUACCAGGUGGCUGUUUUUGCCGUCUAUCGCAGCGCCGCAAGUGAAGCCCUGAGAGGAAGUGCUACUACAUUGGCCCUGCCCACGGUGAACAGCCUGGAGUUGUUUGAUAUUACUCACAGCACUAUGCGGGUCCGCUGGAAGGCCGUCGCUGGGGCUUCUGGGUACAUGAUCCUGUACGCCCCGCUGACUGAAGAGGACGCUUCAGAUGAGAAGGAGGUGAAGGUGGAUGACUCGGUGACUGAGGUGGAGCUGGAAGGAUUGACUCCAGCUACUGAGUACACAGUGACAGUUUACGCCAUGUACGGAGAGGAAGCCAGUGACCCCAUGACCAGCCAGCAGACCACAUUACCGCUGAUCCCAGCGAGGAACCUUCGUUUCUCUGAGGUGGAUCACAGCUCUGCCCGGAUCACAUGGGACUCCGCCUCCAGGAAGGUUAAAGGGUACCGCAUCAUGUACGUCAAAACCAAUGGAGUCCAGACCAAUGAGGUGGAUGUUGGCCGUGUGACAGCCUGGCUGCUGAAAAACCUGACAUCACUGACGGAGUACACUGUCGGUGUGUUUGCCGUCUAUGAUGAAGGACAAGCUGAGGUUGUGACAGACAGCUUCACCACAAAAACUGUCCCGGACCCAGUGGACCUGAGGAGCAGUGACAUCUCCACGAACAGCUUCAGGGUGUCCUGGGCUCACCCGGCGUCUGAUGUGGUGCUUUAUCGACUCACCUGGACACCCACCGACGGAGAAGAGAGCAGUGAGGUUUUGGUGAAUGGGAAUAUCAACACGUACCUGAUAAAGGAACUCACCCCCUCGACAGAGUACGAAGUCCUCCUGGCCGCCAUUUACGGGAAUGAGCUGGAGAGUGAUGAGGUGAUCCUCGUGGAGUCCACCGCUGAAAAAACAACCACCAUUGCCACGACAACCACCACCGUAGCAGCUCCUCGGUACGGGGUGAGAAGCAUGAAGAUCGAUGAAGAAACUACGUUCAGCAUGCGGGUGUCCUGGCAGCCCGUCGACCCCAGAAAUGCUCGACAUUAUCGACUGAGCUACAUCAGUGCGAGGGGAGACCGAGCAGCAGAGACGAGAACAGUGCCCACUGGUCAGAACAGCCUGGUUCUGCAGCCUCUGCUGUCAGACACAGAGUACAAAGUCUCCAUCACUCCUGUCUACCCCGAGGGAGACGGACCGGCAGCCGCCGCGACGGGACGGACGCUGUACCUGGGCGUGACUAACCUGAGUACCUAUCAGGUGAGGAUGAACGGGCUGUGUGCCCAGUGGCAGCCUCACCGACAUGCCAGCGCCUACAGAGUGGCCCUGGAGUCGGCGGUUGGCAGUCAGAAGCAGGAGACGAGACUGAGCGGGGGAGCGAGCAGGCACUGUUUCAACAACCUGAAGCCCAACAUGCAGUAUAAGAUCAGCAUCUACGCUCAGCUGCAGGACGGGACCGAAGGGCCUGCAGUCACCACCGCUGAGAAGACACUACCCGUCCCGACCCCGCCACCCACCAAGCCCCCGACCACCACGCCUCCACCCACAAUCCCUGCUGCCAAGGAAGUCUGUAAAGCUGCCAAAGCAGACUUGGUCUUCCUGGUUGACGGUUCCUGGAGUAUCGGAGAUGAAAACUUCCUGAAGAUCAUCCGUUUCCUGUAUAGCACCAGUGGAGCUCUGGACCGGAUCGGCCCGGAAGGCACACAGGUGGCUAUUGCCCAGUUCAGCGACGAUGCCCGGACAGAGUUUAAGCUGAACUCCUACAGUGACAAGGAGGGUCUGCUGGACGCCAUCAACAAGAUCUCCUACAAAGGAGGAAACACUAAGACAGGUCGAGCCAUCCAGCACGUGAAGAAAAACAUCUUCACAGAGGAGGCGGGAGCGAGGAGAGGAAUCCCCAAAGUCCUCGUGGUGCUCACUGACGGUCGAUCUCAGGAUGACGUCAACAAAGUCUCCAAAGAGAUGCAGAUGGAAGGUUACAUCGUGUUUGCCAUUGGUUUCGCUGAUGCUGACUACGGGGAGCUGGUGAGCAUCGCCAGUAAACCCAGUGACAGGCACGUCUUCUUUGUGGAUGACCUGGACGCCUUCAAGAAGAUUGAAGAGAAGCUGGUGACCUUUGUGUGCGAAGCUGCUACUGCCACGUGUCCGGCUGUACCGAUGAGUGGCAGCACGAUGCCAGGCUUUCGCAUGAUGGAGCUGUUCGGGCUCGUGGAGAAUCGGUACAGCAGCAUGUCUGGCGUUUCCAUGGUACCCGGCACCUUUAACACGUUCCCCUGUUUCCACCUGCACAGCGACGCGCUGCUGGCACAGCCAACCAGGUACAUCCAUCCUGAGGGGCUGCCUUCUGACUACACCAUCACCCUGCUGUUCAGGCUGCUGGCCGACACUCCCGAGGAGCCUUUUGCGCUCUGGGAGAUCCUCAACAAGAACAACGAACCUCUAGUGGGCGUCAUCCUGGACAAUGGAGGAAAAACUCUGACGUUUUUUAACAAUGACUUUAAAGGAGAGUUUCAGACGGUCACCUUCGAGGGGCCGGAAAUAAAGAAGCUCUUCUUUGGAAACUUCCACAAGCUUCACCUCGCCAUCAGUAAGACGAGCGCCAAAGUGUUCGUUGACUGCAAGAUGGUGUCUGAGAAGACCGUCAACGCAGCAGGAAACAUCAGCACUGAUGGGCUGGAGGUUCUCGGUAGGAUGGUCCGCUCCCGAGGGAACAAGGACAACUCUGCACCGUUUCAGCUCCAGAACUUUGAUAUCGUCUGCAGCACCUCGUGGGCCAACAGAGACAAGUGCUGUGAACUUCCCAGUCUGAGGAAGGAGGUAGACUGCCCGGCCUUGCCUAAAGCCUGCACCUGCACCCAGGACAGCAAAGGCCCCCCAGGCCCUGCUGGACCACCAGGAGGCCCAGGAAUCAGAGGAGCCAGAGGAGAACGUGGAGAGCCAGGCCCUGUGUUUCUCAGAGUAAACACAUCCAUCAUGCUGGUGUUCAUCCUCGUCUUAAAGAGACAGAGCCGAUUUAACUCACCCACAUCCCAACUAUUCACACUCAGAAACACGCAGAAUCAUUUCUGA